UCUCAUACACCCUUCCAAUCUCCUCUCCCGUUUGCGGCUGCCGCAUACUGUUCCAACCAGCAGCGCCUCCCCCAUCUUCUCGGAACCCGAGCGCCGACGCGCCGCCCCUGCACCCCUCGCCUCGUCGCACGCGAGAACCCCAUGGCCACCGGCUCCUCCUCCCCCGCCAGCCCGCAGCCCUUCAAGCUGAUCCUGGGGUCGUCGUCUGUGGCGCGGAAGCACAUCCUCGAGGAGAUGGGGCUCGAGUUUCAAGUCAUGACCGCGGACAUCGACGAGAAGAGCAUCAGGAGGGUGAAUCCUGACGACCUGGUCAUGGUUCUUGCGGAGGCCAAGGCCGAUGCUAUCAUGCAAAGAUUGAACAUUGCUGAUUACCAGAAAGAAGGCACUCAACCAACACUCCUGAUCACUUCUGACAUAGUCGUCGUCCAUGAAGGGAUUAUUAGAGAAAAGCCAACCACCAAGGAAGAAGCUCGCCAAUUCUUGAAAGGCUAUUCCGGUGGUCAUGUGUCAACUGUUGGAUCUGUAGUUGUAACUAAUCUUACAACUGGGAAGAGGCUUGGAAGCUUGGACAAAGCUGAGGUGUAUUUCCAUGAUAUACCAGAUGAGGUCAUUGAGAACUUGAUCGAUGAGGGGGUAGUAUUUAGGGUUGCAGGUGGCUUGCUGCUUGAACAUCCAGUGACAUUGCCGUUUGUUGAAGCAGUGGUUGGUUCUAGCGACAGCGUAAUGGGACUUUCUAAGGAAAUCGCAAGCAAACUAAUUCACGAUGCAUUGUCCGCAUAGCCUAGCAAUUUUGGCUGUAUGAUCAUUGAUAACAUUCUUACAGUGCUCACCCAGAGAUAACAUCUCGGAGAAAGCAUGUCAAAGUUUGGUGGUAUCUCAUAGUGAUUGUUGUAUUCUAAACGUUUAAGGAUUUUCAUAACUGCGACAGGUAGACCUACGGAGUGUGCAAGAACACAUCCCAUUGCCUGCUAUUUUGAUCAAAUUCUACAUACAGUCCUCUUGCCUGAACAAUAUAUGUGCCGAUGCUCCAUUCUUAUGAUUUAUGAACUGGGUUAUUCUUUCUCCA